AUGCCUCCCAAAGGAUCCGGAAAGAAGCCUGCGGCUUUCCCCCAGGCCACUUCUAAGUCGUCUGCCGCCAAGAAGCAAAAGAACCCUCUCAUCGAGAAGCGUCCUCGCAACUAUGGCAUCGGUCAGGACAUCCAGCCCCAGCGCAACGUCGGCCGCAUGGUCAGAUGGCCCGCUUACGUCCGUCUUCAGCGCCAGAAGAAGAUCCUCAACAUGCGCUUGAAGGUCCCACCGGCGAUUGCCCAGUUCCAGCACGUUGCCGACCGUAACCUCGCCACCCAGGCUUUCAAAAUCCUUAACAAGUACCGCCCCGAGACCAAGGCCGAGAAGAAGGAGCGUCUCACCAAGGAGGCUACCGCCGUCUCUGAGGGCAAGAAGAAGGAGGAUGUCAGCAAGAAGCCCUACGUCGCCAAGUACGGUCUCAACCACGUUGUUGGCCUGAUUGAGAACAAGAAGGCUUCCCUCGUCCUUAUCGCCAACGACGUCGACCCCAUCGAGCUCGUUGUCUACCUCCCUGCUCUUUGCAGGAAGAUGGGUGUCCCUUACGUUAUCGUCAAGGGUAAGGCCCGUCUCGGUACGGUCGUCCACCAGAAGACCGCCGCUGUUCUCGCCCUCACCGAGGUCCGCUCCGAGGACAAGAACGAGCUCCAGAAGCUCGUCACCGCUGUCAACGACGGUUACCUCGAGUCACACCACAAGGACGCUUCCCGCCACUGGGGAGGUGGUAUCAUGGGUGCCAAGGCCAACGCCCGCAUGGAGAAGCGCAGGAAGGCUGUUGAGAGCGCCAUCAAGAUCUAA